UAGUUAGCCACAGGACUGCUCUUUUGGGAAACUGUUUUACGUAAUUGCAUUGUCACUAUAGUAAAGUCAUGUUCAGGUUGUAAUAGAAAUUAGUCUGGCGGUACCUGCCAAACCUGGAUUUUGCAAGAGAACGUGAAUCCUGAGCUGAUAUCAGGUGUCUAGAAAAUAAAAGACAAGACUGAGAACAUGGAAGCUAAAGUUGUGGAAGAUGCAGGAUUUGCAGAAGGGUCAGGUGGUGUGAUGGGGCUAGAUGAACCAAAAAAAAUGACCCGAGAGGAUUGGAGAAAGAAGAAGGAACUAGAAGAACAGAGAAAACUGGGUAAUGCUCCUGCAGAGGUUGAUGAAGAGGGAAAAGACAUUAAUCCUCACAUUCCACAGUAUAUUUCAUCUGUUCCAUGGUAUAUUGAUCCAUCCAAACGGCCAACUUUGAAACAUCAGAGACCUCAGCCUGAGAAACAGACUCAAUAUUCUCCAUUCGGAGAGUGGUACUUCAGAGGAGUCAAAGAGGGUACUAAGUCCACAAAAUUUCGUAAAGGAGCAUGCGAGAACUGUGGUGCUAUGACACACAAGAAGAAGGACUGUAUGGAGAGACCCAGAAAGGUGGGAGCAAAAUUCACUGGGGCUGAAAUAGCUCCUGAUGAGUUUGCACAGCCUGAACUAAGUAUGGAUUAUGAUGGAAAGAGAGAUCGAUGGAAUGGUUAUAACCCAGAAGAACACAUGAAAAUUGUUGAAGAGUAUGCUAAAGUAGACUUGGCAAAACGUGCACUAAAAGCACAGAAAUUGCAAGAGGAGCUGGCAUCAGGGAAACUUACUGAGCAGAGUGCACAGAGAAAGUACUGGGGUGGCGAAGAACAAAAUCCACAAGCAGAAAGAGACCAUAACAGUGAGGAUGAGGAUGAAGAUAAAUAUGCAGAUGAUAUUGACAUGCCAGGACAGAACUUUGAUUCAAAGAGACGAAUUACAGUGCGAAACCUCCGUAUUCGGGAAGAUAUAGCUAAGUACCUUCGAAACUUGGAUCCAAAUUCUGCCUACUAUGAUCCCAAAACGAGAGCGAUGAGAGAGAAUCCUUAUUGCAAUGCAGGAAAAAACCCUGAUGAAGUUGAUUAUGCCGGAGAUAACUUUGUCCGUUACUCUGGAGACACCAUUGCGAUGGCUCAGACACAAUUGUUUGCAUGGGAGGCCUAUGAAAAGGGCUCUGAUGUCCAUCUUCAAGCUGACCCCACAAAGUUGGAGGUUCUGCACCAAUCUUUUAAAGUGAAGAAGGAGGACUUCAAGCAAUGUCAGAAAGAAAGCAUCUUAGAAAAGUAUGGGGGACAGGAACACCUGAAUGCACCUCCCCGGGAGCUGUUGCUGGCUCAAACCGAAGACUAUGUGGAGUAUUCGCGGCAUGGAGCUAUCAUUAAAGGACAGGAAAAGGCAAUUGCUUGUUCCAAAUAUGAAGAAGAUGUAUUGAUCAACAACCAUAAGUGUGUUUGGGGCUCCUACUGGCGUGAUGGCAAAUGGGGUUACAAGUGCUGCCAUUCAUUUUUCAAGUUCUCUUACUGCGUUGGAGAAACUGGGAAGCACAUUAGUGCAGAAGAUAGCAUUGAUGUAUCAGUACAUGAACCAGAAGUUGCAAACCACAAAGGAGAGGAAUAUGAAGCAAAAAUUCGAACCUUAAUGGAGAUCCAUCAAGAAAAGCGAAAAGAAGAGAAAAAGAAAAAGAAGAAGAAGCACAGAAGUCAUGAUUCUGAUAGUGAUAAUGAAGAGGCAAAGAAGAAGGAAAAACUCAAAAAGGCUUUAAAUGUGGAAGAGGAGCGUCUGAAGCAGGUUGAGAAAAUGAUGCAGUUGGAUGAGCGGAAAAGGCCUUACAACAGCAUGUAUGAUUCUCGAGAACCUACUGAAGAAGAAAUAGAAGCAUACCAGAUGAAACGUCAGAGGGCAGAUGACCCCAUGGCUUCAUUUCUGGGCCUUUAAGCCAUGUUGCCUAAAAUUCUUUCAUGACAGCUGAUUGUGUCCAGCGAAAAGACUAUACCACAUGCAAGAAAUAUUUUCAUUCCUAUUAUUUCCCAGAAGAACAUUAGCAGGAUGCAGUUAUGUGGGAAGAUAUGUCCAAACUGAUGAGUAUCAAAGGUCACUUAAGUGUAGGAAAUGCAGAUGAAUAUAAAAACAUUGUUUGUGAGACUGGAAAUAACAUCUUAGAACAAGCACAUGCUGCAGCUGCAUUUGCAUUUCAUUAAAGUGCAUUUCUCUUUUAAAGCAUUAUGCUUUAAAAGAUUUUCAUUUCCAUGAACCAUAUUUUAAAUGUCUAUCUUUUUAAUUUAUUUUGUGCACUGUAUUGAUGAGCUUAAUGUCAUUGGUAGUUCAACUGUUAAUUUACCAAAUCUUUCAAAAUGAAUUUACACUGCCACCUUUUUACUCUUCAGCAGGUUGUUUGCUGUUUACCAGUAAUUAAAAAAAGUAAAUAGA